ACGAGAGCUCGCCCCCUGGUUUCGUCUCUCGUGGCGUCGUGCUGACGGUGGGAUCUCCAAUACCGCAAACAAACAAACGGAGCUCGGUCUCGAAGAAAUCUCAGAGAGGAAUUCUCGGAGAGGAUUCGACGGCGAUCAGAUCCGAUCGCAAUCGGCCAUGAGCCUCUUCGGCCUCGGGAGGAACCAAAGGACGUUUCGCCCUAAGAAGAGUGCGCCAUCUGGUAGUAAGGGUGCUCAGCUCAGGAAACACAUUGAUGCUACCCUUGGUAGUGGCAACUUGAGGGAAGCAGUAAGGCUUCCGCCUGGAGAGGACUUCAAUGAGUGGCUCGCUGUCAAUACUGUGGAUUUCUUCAAUCAGGUGAACCUUCUAUAUGGGACACUCACUGAAUUCUGCACACCUGAGAGCUGCCCUACAAUGACUGCAGGGCCAAAGUAUGAGUACAGGUGGGCAGAUGGUGUACAAAUAAAGAAGCCGAUAGAAGUUUCGGCUCCAAAAUAUGUUGAGUAUCUGAUGGACUGGAUUGAAGUUCAACUUGAUGAUGAAUCCAUCUUUCCACAAAAGCUUGGAGCCCCAUUUCCCCCAAAUUUCAAGGAAGUCGUGAAAACGAUAUUCAAACGGCUGUUUCGCGUAUAUGCACACAUAUACCACUCACAUUUUCAGAAGAUUGUGAGUCUCAAGGAAGAGGCACAUCUUAACACAUGCUUCAAGCAUUUUAUUCUGUUUACAUAUGAAUUCGGCUUGAUUGACAAGAAGGAACUUGCCCCGCUUCAGGAGCUCAUAGAAUCCAUUGUCGUUCCUUACUAGGGGAACUGGGAACUCUCUACUGUAAUAAUGUGUCAACUGAAAAGUUGCUCGUCUCAUUUACAUUUACCUCAGAACAUUUCUUGUUGUCUGUAUCCUACAGUUCGUGGUAGCUUAAAUUGAACUGACUCCGUUCGCUGUUAAAUCUGGCUUGUAUACGGAUUCUAUUUAAAGGACUGUAUUGAAAACUUUCAUUAAUAUUCAUGUGUUGUUGCUA